UGCUUACUUUUGUUUGAGUUAAUCUAAUACAACUAAAAAUGUUUAAUUUUUAUUUUAACAACUGAAACCACUAAUGUAUCCAACAAGCUUUUAUGCAUACUUUUAUGCUUUCUAUGAACACCUUUUUGGGAAUUAUUAUGAAAAGAAGUAAAUGAUAUUGAAUAAUGGAAAAUGUAACAUGGUGGAAUGAGAAACUAUGGAAAUCAUUUAUAGACCAUCCAAAUCCUGUUAUCACUAAAACAAAUGACACAAAACCAGUUGUAACCGAUAUACGUUAUACAAGUCAACAUUCAAGUUUAAAUCGAAAUGAACAAUGGAAUAAUAAUUCACAAAUGCCGCCUGUAAAUGCUCAUGUAACCCCGUCACAAUUGAAUACUAUUCAUAAUAAAAAUGUACUUCAAAAUACAAUCAAUUUUCAACCGAAAUCAAUAGAAUUUCAAGAAGCUUCAGGUAUGAAACCAUGUAAUCCACAAUUCUAUUGUAAUAAUCUAUUUCAUCAAAUCUGUUCUCGACCAGUAAUGAAUAAUUUGCAAUCGAUUUAUGGGAAUAGAAAUCGUCCACUUGGUUCAUUACGUGUUUACUAUUUAACAAGACCACAUUCAGCAGCUACAAUUGGACGAUCAACAUCUUUGCAAAGAACUACAUCACACGAACCACCAUCAUCAGCAUCAGCAUCAAUAGAUAGAACAUUAUCAUAUAUGAAUAUGGUACCUCCUUUAUCUGCAAGAAGAUCAAGUAGUACAUGUCUCAAUCUAUCCAGAGAGUGUUCAAUCUCCUCCUUAGUACAGAGUACAAACACAUCAACUGUGAAACAACCAAACUUUAUUGAUUGUAGUGGUAAAAUAUGCCCACUACAUGAAAGAUCUACAACUCCUUUGGUCUAUGAAGGUGUAAAUAGGAAGUCCUCGAUUAGUAACAAUAAUAAUAAUAAUAAUUAUAGCUUAUCUACAAGAAGACGAUCAGCGCCCAAAGCUCGUACUACAACACUGUCUGAAACUUCCCAACAAACUUUACCCAAACCACUUCGAAGAGCAUCAUCAGCAUGUGUAGAUGAUAAAUCCUAUAGAUAUACAAAUAAAUUCAUAAAUAACUUCAAGGUAAGCAGUGGUCAACAGGAAUAUAAUCGUGUGUAUAAGACUUCAGGUGGAAACUUAGAACAUACUGCCACAUUAAGCACUGGCAAUGAAUUUAUACCGCCAAACAGUACACGGAAACUGAGUUAUCCAUCACCAGCGCAUCAGCAUGCACCAUCAGUUCAAGAGAACGAGAGAGAACGUAAAAAAGCCGCCAUAACAAAAUCGAAUCAAUCAUCGUCUUUAUCCGUUAUACCUUUAUCUUUUCAAAAUGUUAAAUAUUUCAAAUAUCCAACAUCUCAGCGAAGAUCGAUUAAACCUACACCGGUUGUAGCAUCAAAUAAACAUCAACAAAAUAAAAUACCAUCAGUACAGUUGGAUACUGACAGAACUCCACCAUUAUAUCAGUAUGAUAAGAAAGUAGUCAAACAGACUGUCGAGACAAAUCCUCCCGACAAAGAAGUACACUCAACAUCCUAUAAAAGUGUUAAAAAUGCAACAGUUAUUCAGCCGAAAACUGAAACGAUCCUGAAAGUUGACGACAGGAGUAUAACACAGUUGAACAGUCCAAAGAAAUCUUGUCUCAGUGAAACGACUGAAAAAUACACUAGACUAAAAGGUGAUACAUCUGAAAUCACAGUGACUACUGAUAAGAUAGAUUACGAUGUAUCCGAUCAUGAUAACAAUAAUAAUAAUAAUAAGGAAGGAGCAGAAGAAGAAGAUGAACAAACCACGAAACAUUCGGUUGAAUCAGAAACACAACCCCUGUUAUCUGAAGAACAAAUACAGGUAACUAUAAAAGAUGCUGACUACCAAAGCUAUCCUACACCUUUACACACAGAUAUAUCAAAUUCCUCCCAGAGGGAUGAAUGGAGAAUAAGUGAAGAAAGUGUAACUCCAUGCAAAGAUGCUGAAAGCAAAGGUGACACUUCAACAGAAACUACACAACUUCAGUCAUUUUCAGAUAAGGAUGAAUUUUUAUGUCUAGAUUCAUCACAUCAUCAUUUGAUGGAAGUCAGUGUAACCCAGUCAGAUGAAGAGGAAACUUUAAAUGAAUUAAACACAUCGAUGAAUGAAAAAACUGACCAAAUUAGUGAAACAAAACUUUGUGAAAAUAAUAAAAUAUAA